AACUCUGAGAUAACAAAAACGAAAGAGGGGACGGGUUUCGGACUUAAUCCAAGGAUUACCUUGAAGCAUCAACAACAUCCAAUGACAGUAUCUGUAUAUAUAACCAUGCGGAAUCGGAAGUAGUCUGGUUUACCAUGGUGGAUGAGAAGGGCCUUAAUUUGUUCAUUUCGAAAUCGAACGCUCCAAGCUUUUGUUAAAUUAAGGAAGUUCGUACCGGACAUUUCUUCUUAGUUUUUCCCAUUUCUGGGCAGCUUUAAUUGACUUAGUACUAUAAGAAUUCAUUUCCUCUUUUUUCAGUCCAUUUCCUUUUAUUUUCUGAUAAGCUGGUGAAAAAUUGUUGAUGCGACGUCUGGAGCUGCCAGAUUUGACUAAGCACUAACGUACGUAUAUUCAAAUCCUCUCCAAUUUAAUUAAGAUUUGACUUUCGUUUAUAUAUCUAAGUUUCCGAAGACUUGGGGCCGAGAGAUUGGAGGAGAGAGAGAGCCAUGGUGAAGUUCUUGUGGGUUGGCAUUGUAACAGCACUUGUUUUCAGAAUAUGGGUUGAUGGGUUUGUGGAAGAGAAGAAUUUUGAUGAGACGGUGCCGUCUUUGUUGGAGACCUAUGGAAGCUCCGAGGCUGCAAAUGACAUACUCAUGGUAGGGCUAACACUCGUCAAAGGAGCUGCUGCCAAAGGAGCAGUCUGCUUGGAUGGAACGGUACCUGCUUACCAUUUGCAUCGUGGAUAUGGAUCGGGGGCGAACAGUUGGCUCAUUCACCUUCAGGGAGGAGCAUGGUGUAACGACACCAAAAGUUGUUCUAACCGCAAGCUUUCACCUUAUGGAUCAUCAGCGCACAUGGAACCAGAGAUAGCAUUUUCUGGAAUACUAAGCAAUCACUCUGAAGAAAAUCCCGAGUUUUUCAACUGGAAUAGAGUAGAGCUCCGGUAUUGUGACGGUGCUUCAUUUUCUGGGGACAGCGAAAAUCAGGCAGCAAAACUGAAAUUUAGAGGACAGCGUAUAUGGUUAGCUGCAAUGGACGAUUUGAUGUCAAAGGGAAUGCGCAACGCGAAUCAUGCUCUUCUUUCUGGUUGCUCUGCCGGCGGUCUGUCAUCAAUUUUGCACUGUGAUGAGUUUCGGGGCUUGUUUCCUACAACUACAAAAGUGAAGUGCCUGAGUGAUGCUGGACUUUUUCUUGACGUGGUUGAUAUUUCCGGUGAACGCACAAUGAGGGAUUUUUAUAGUGGUGUAGUAAGCUUGCAGGGGGUGCAAGAAAAUCUGCCGCGAUUCUGUACUAGUCACCUCGAUCCUACUUCGUGCUUCUUCCCGAAGAACUUAAUUGUGAACAUUACAACCCCACUAUUUAUACUCAAUUCAGCAUACGAUUCAUGGCAGAUCAAUAACAGUUUAGCUCCACCAUCAGCAGAUCCGCACGGCGAGUGGAAGAGUUGCAGAUAUAACCUUGCAAGUUGUUCUGCAUCACAGAUGCAAAUUCUUCAAGGAUUCAGGAAUCAAAUGCUGAAUGCAGUAAAACAAUUCUCAAUGCGUAAUCAAAGUGGGAUGUUCAUAAAUUCGUGUUUGGUGCACUGUCAAACGGAGAAAAGUGCAUGGUAUGCUAAUGAAUCUCCAGCUCUUGGAAACAAGACAAUUGCAGAAGCUGUUGGAGAUUGGUAUUUUGAUAGAGCAGAGGUUACGGUUGUUGAUGAAACUUGCCGCCAUCUGGCUCUCGAAUGAGAAUUGAUUGACAGAUUAUUUACAUGGUCAUUGUAUUGAGUUGUCUGCACUAUAAUACCAUCCCUUCUGCUUAAUGAAAUAACUUUGUAACAACUGAAAUCAAUAGAAUUCUACUACCAAGUUCAAGAACCAAAAAACAAAUGAAUGAACACCAUUCGCACUCUUCCAUUGUGACAAUGUUGAGUAGUGCAGUGAUACCAGAUUCCUUGUCUGGGCCAUGUAUUAGUUCCUUGCCUCCAACGCAGUCAAUCUCCCAUCAUGGUCUGGACACUAUUUCCCCCUACUCCGCCGGACACAAAUUCAAACAGUUUACGUGGAUGUAUGAUGAUAUUUACUGUUGGAUGCGUAAAUUGUUGAUGAUAUAAACGUACUUUAUAUAGCUAGUUACAAGUAACUUUUGGAUCUCACCAAUAUUAGAGAGUGUAU